UAUCAGUCUCGGAGAAAAAUUUUGUUCUUAUAUUUUAUAUUAUAACAUAUAUCUCAAAAAAUUAUCUUACUAAACUAGUAUUUUUUAAAUCAUGGUAUUUAAAUGACUAGAUGACAAUUAAUUGUGCACAUACGUUGAACAAAAGCAAAGAUUUGUAUGAAAACUUAUACGUCGUUAGAUGUGUUGGUAACACAGCUUUUUUGGAAAUGGAUUCUGAAUAAAUCUUUUUAAUAGAUUACAAUUUGUGAAAGUUACAGUCUUUCGAAUUCAGAAACUUUAAAAACGAACAAAUAAUUAAAUAAAGUCUUAAAUUAAUUCUAAUUAUUUUCUAUAGGAUCUGAAAAACAAUCAAGUGAUAAAAUAUUUAGAUAAAAUGAAUAGAAAAGUAUUUCUUCCAAAUUAUGAAAAGGGACAAAAAAACGACUUUCCACGCACAUGUAACAAAAUAGUAUAUUGUAUAACAAGUACCGAUGAAUUGGCUAUUGCCCAUAAAUACGUUCAGCCGUACAAGUGCAAUAGCAAAUCCGCAAACAAUAUUUUUUGUUACUCUAUGGUCCUUAUGUAUUGAAUUGAUAAAAGAAUGAUUUUCGACGCACAUAUAACAAAAUUUUUUUUUCUAGCGUUCUAAUUAAAGUUAGAAUACCACUUGCACUAUUGGAGUUAAUAAAUAUAAUUAUUUUGCAUUGUAAUUGCACAUUAAUGUUAAUAUAUGAUUUAAUUAUUUCUGCCAUAUCAGCAUGCAUUGAUAUUAGUCUUCUCACUCUUCGUACUGACGUUUUACUUGUAUCACUUACAAAACGAAAUUUGCCAGUUACGCAUCAAGAAGCAGCGUAUGCGCAACCGCAUAGAAACAAAUCUACCUAUAAUAAUCUAUUUAACAGUAUUUAUACAAACCUAUUAUAUAUUAAUACUCCAGUUCUAAUUGUUGAAUAAGAGAUUUUUGCACGAGUCACAUAUUUAAAUAAAAUAUCAAAGAUGUCUCAUGUCAAAGAUUCCCAAAAUUCCAAAGGAUGGCUCAAUGAAGUAAUGUCGAAGAUCAUUGAUAAUCUCGGACCCAAUAUUGACGAAGCUCGAUACGAGCUAUCCAAAUCUAUUAGUUUUAUUACGGCGAUAAUAUACUAUGUACGUCUGCAGUUUAAUAAUACGAAAAAGGGUCAAAAUGAGGAAUUUUCUAUGAUAUUGAAGAGACCUGUGCAGGAUUAUUGCCAGAUGUCUCGCAUCAAGCAACAGUUUCGUAACGAGAUGCUGUUCUACCAAGUGUACGGGCGACCGGAUGAGAAUCAUUUUUUCGCGAGAUGUUUCUACGUAGACGAACGGUUGCCCACCGAUUCGGUGAUUGCUCUAGAGAAUGUUAACGAACACGGAUAUUAUUCCUGUCCGAAACUGUAUGAUGCUCCGUUGGAGUACACAUUGGCGGCAAUGCGCGAGUUGGGACGAUUUCACGGCAAAGGGUACGCCAUGAAGGAACUGCGACCAAAAGAAUUCUUCGACUUCGUGGCGCGGCUUCAAAAAGUCCGGUACGUGAAAGAGAAGAACGUGUUUGAAAUCAUAUUCAAUACUUUUGGAACACGAGGAGUGGAAUAUCUUCGCAGGCAGGGCCAUGAUGCAACUUUCUGCGACAAGAUGGAAGCUCUGCUCUCGAAAGGAUAUGAAGUUAUGAUGAAGACGGUAGAACCGCUGGAACCUUUGUCCACCCUGUGUCAUGGUGACUUUACGUUGAGUAACGUUCUUUUUAAGACAGAAAAGAAUGGACAAUAUCGCGCGAUGUUUAUCGAUUUCGCGCUUAUUAUGUACGCGACGCCUGUUGUCGAUCUCUCCACGUAUCUCUGCAUCUGCUGCUCGAAUGAGGAGAGAAGAGAGAAAUUUUCCGACAUUAUGCGGGCCUACCACGACGCGUUGAUAGAGUACUUGUUGGACGCUGGCGUACAAGUUGUUGAGAAAUACUCGUACAACGCUAUUUUCGACGAUUUUAAGAGAGGAGCUAUAUUCGGUUUCAUAAUUACUUCUUAUUUUUUGUCGGCAAUAUUGGGAUAUAUGAAACCGACCGUACAAGAAUAUAGCAGCAUGCCGGAAAUUAUAAAGAAACACAAAUACGCUGGCGGAGACAAAGUAUGUAAAAUAAUAGCUGAUAUGUUGUUGCAUCUGAGAGAUCUUGGCUGCUUGAAACGUUUUUUAUAAUCAUAUGAGAUAAUUGAGAAGCAAUAAUAUAUAAUCUGUAUUAAUUAAUGAGUGUGAAAUAAGACAACUGUGGUAUGUCGUGUAACAAACAUUUAAUUUAUCAGGUGUUUACAAGGAAAAUAAAUUAUUCCAAUGACAAUUUUAUAAAAGACAACUAAAAAAA